GAGGUCUCGCUCCCGUCUCUCGCUCGCACCCGUCACUCGAAGUUCCUACCUGCUCCCCCUCACUCGUAGCCUCGUAGCCUCGUAGGUGGAGGGCGAUGUGGAGGGCGGCCGCGAGGCAGCUGGUCGACCGGGCGCUCGGAUCCAGAGCCGCGCACACAUCUGCAGGCAGCAAGAAGAUCGUCGGGGUGUUCUACAAGGCCGGCGAGUACGCCGACAAGAACCCCAACUUCGUCGGCUGCGUCGAGCGAGCCCUGGGCAUCCGGGACUGGUUGGAGUCGCAGGGCCAUCACUACAUUGUCACCGAUGACAAGGAAGGCGUCAACAGCGAACUGGAGAAGCACAUUGAAGAUAUGCACGUCCUGAUAACCACCCCAUUCCACCCAGCCUAUGUUACUGCAGAGAGGAUAAAGAAGGCAAAGAACCUUGAGCUUCUUCUCACGGCUGGAAUUGGCUCUGAUCAUAUUGAUUUGCCUGCGGCUGCUGCCGCAGGCUUAACUGUGGCAGAGGUUACUGGAAGUAACACCGUUUCUGUGGCUGAAGAUGAGCUCUUGCGCAUUCUGAUUCUUCUCAGGAACUUCUUGCCUGGGUAUCAACAGGUGGUUCAAGGCGAAUGGAACGUCGCAGGCAUUGCCCAUAGAGCUUAUGAUCUUGAAGGAAAAACUGUUGGAACUGUUGGGGCCGGUCGUAUUGGCAGGCUCUUGCUUCAGCGUCUUAAGCCCUUCAACUGCAACCUGCUUUACCAUGACAGGCUUCAGAUUGACCCAGAGCUUGAGAAAGAAAUUGGGGCCAAGUUUGAAGAGGACCUAGAUUCUAUGCUUCCAAAGUGUGAUGUGGUUGUGAUCAACACACCUCUUACAGAGAAAACAAGAGGCAUGUUUAACAAAGAGAGGAUUGCAAAGAUGAAGAAAGGUGUAAUUAUUGUGAAUAAUGCUCGAGGAGCAAUCAUGGAUACUCAGGCAGUUGCAGACGCUUGUUCCAGUGGUCACAUUGCUGGAUAUGGUGGUGAUGUGUGGUUCCCCCAACCAGCACCGAAGGACCAUCCAUGGCGCUACAUGCCUAACCAUGCCAUGACCCCUCACAUCUCUGGGACUACGAUUGAUGCACAGCUGCGGUACGCCGAGGGUGUGAAGGACAUGCUGGACAGGUACUUCAAGGGGGAGGACUUCCCGGUGCAGAACUACAUCGUCAAGGAGGGCAAGCUCGCCAGCCAGUAUCAGUAACUGCGCGCAGCGUAGGUGUAUGGCAUUUCAGCAGCAAGACUGAGGAAGAAACCAACCCCUUUGUUGUAUGAGGGUUAUCUGAGGCCUGUCGGCCACCGGAAAUAAGGAUGUUUUUGCUUGUAUUGCACUGUGGAAAUGAACAAACCUUUGUCAAAUUAUACUGUGCUUGGUUUCGGCUGAAACAUUUGGAUUGGGGCUAGCUGGUUGUUAAUCCCUUCGUUUGGAAAGCAAAACUUCUUCAAACUA